UAAAAGGAAGAAACAACCACAAGUUGGAAGCUUGGAAGUCAGCUUUGUCUCAAGUAGGCAAGAUUUAUGGUCAACGCUGUGAUCACAAAACACCAAGUGGCAUGGCUAUUGACAAGAUUGUUCAAGAGGUCAAAAAAAGACUUCCUCCCUUGCCUAUGUAUAUUGGGCGUCCACUUGGAUUUGAUUCUGAACUUGAAGUGGCCAAAUCACUUCUAGAGAUUGAUUCUAAUGCUACAUGUUUCAUGUUGGGAAUUCAUGGAGAUGGUGAUGAAAUAAGCAUAUUUGUUGCUGAGUUGUAUAACAAGAUUAGGCCUCAUUUUGUAGCUGCAAGUGUUCUUUCAAAUGUCAGUGUUCUUUCAAAGGGAUUUUGAAGUUUAGCUAUGAUGAUUUGCCCAACAAAUUAAAGCCCUGCUUCUUGUAUCUUGGAAUCUUUCCUGAAGAUGAUGAGAUUCGAGUGAGAGACUUAAUCCAUCUGUGGAUGGCAGAAGGGUUCAUAGAGCAAAUUCAAACUGGAAGAUCAGAAGAAGCACCACCAGAACCUGAAGAUAUUGGUGAGCAAUACUUGAAGGAGCUAGUGGAUCGUAACUUGGUACAAGUGGCAAAGAGAAGGAGUGAUGGCAAAGGCGUGAAAACAUGUCAGAUCCAUGAUCUCAUCCGGCAACUCUGCAUUUCAGAGAGCAAUAAUGGAAACAACAAUGCUUGUAGAUUUUUCUUUCCCAACAACAUAGGAUCCUAUGCAUGUUCAGUAACAUGUAAUCAAUCAUGCACUCGCUCGCUGCUCAUUCAUGGAGAUGCACGAGGGUGGUCACAUCAUAUUCCAAAAAAUUCCCGAGUUAAUGUGCUAUAUCUUACAAAAUGGUGGGUAAUCGCUACUGCAACAGAGAAAGAGUAUUUGAAGACGUUGAAACAUCUCAGGUACUUGAGAAUGGACUAUUUUGAUGGAUAUAACAAGUUUCCGAGUGUAGAAACUUUACAUAUAUCUCAACAUUUUGUGAAGGAGUUUAGUAUUGGGGGGUGGAAGCAACUGAGACAUCUUCAUUGUGAACGAUGCAUGAAUUUAUUAGUAGAUGAAAAACAAGGAGUAAAAGAUAAAAUGCAGAAUGUCCAAACCCUAUGUUAUGUGUAUGCCGAUUCACAUCUAGAGUCCUUACUCGACAAUGGCUACUUUCCCAAUUUGAGAACACUUGGUUUAGUGAUCAUUGAAGACCCAUAUUCAUUUUCGGAGCCUGUAGAGGAAAACUUAAGGAGCCUGCAUCGCCUAAACAGUCUACGUAAGCUGAAACUUAAGUCUAAUCUAGGGUUUCAACGAGUUGCAUUAGAUGAAAUUACAUUUCCCUCAAAUCUAAUCAAGAUUACAUUGUCAGGAUUUCAAAAUUUGGAGUCCAUAGACAUGAAAAUCUUGGGACGAAUUCCCAGAGUUGAAGUUUUAAAAUUAGAAGAUGUAAAUUGUAUGGAAAUCCUUGAUUGUGGUAGUGAUAGGAGCUUUCCGCGGCUUCAAGUGUUUAUGAUGAUACAUGUGAGUGUGGAACGUCUUACCUUAGAAGAUGGUGCAAUGCCUUGCCUUCGACGUGCGGUCUUCCAUAAGUGCCCUGGCUUGGAGUUGAAGAACCUUCCUGAACAAAUGAGUUCCUUGGGUUGUAACCUGGAGUAUGUACAGUGUGAAGAUUCUUAUCAAAUGACGGAUGAUGUUUAUUUUGAUGAUGAUGAUGAUUAUAAACUGGAUCUUGAUUUGGAUCUCAUCAAUGUCAUAGACAAGUAUGCUAUUUAAUCCUCUUCAUGCAAGUUCUGUUUUAUGCUUCUGCCAAUGUGAA